AUGGAGCUGCGGCACCGGCGGCUGGAGGUCCUGGGGGCCAACCGCUCUAGAUGUAUCCUAUUCGUGGAGCCCCUCGCCCUCACCGUACCUUUCCCGUCGCCCGUGGAGGCGGAGAUUGCCCACUGGUUCCUGACUUCACAUGCUGAACUCCGAGGGCCAGUUCGGCAGGAGCUCGAUGUGAACGUCACCGUCCUGACUGUGUUAGUUCUAGAAUAUGGUCAGGGGAGAGGGUGGUGGCCAGUGGCCAGGGACGAUGUUUCUGUGCGUGGUUCCAUGCAGCUGGGGAAUGAGACCCUGGUGUCCCAGUUUCUUCUGGGAGGGCUGACUGACACAGAGGAGCUGAGGCCCUUGCUCUUUGCGGUUUUUCUGCUGGUCUACAUAGUGGCUGUGGUUGGGAACCUGGGCAUUGUCAGCCUUAUUGUAAUGGACGCCCGACUUCACAGCCCCUUGUACUUCUUCUUCGCCGACCUUUCACUGCUGGGCACCGCCUAUAUCUCCAGCACAGCGCCCCGGCUGCUGGCACACCUGCAGGCACCAGUGCGGACCGUGCCCUAUCGUGCUUGUCUUACCCAGAUAUUCUCUCUCCACUUCCUGGCUCCCUGGGAGUGCUUCCUGCUCACAGCCAUGGCCCACGACCGCUAUGCCACCAUCUGCCGGCCACUGCACUACCUAGUCCUCAUGGGCCAACGGACCUGCGCAGGACUGGCUUCAAUCUCCUGCCUGCUUGCCUUGGCCAAUGCGCUCACCCACACCAUCCUUGCAGCUCUACUCAAGUUCUGUGGGCCUCGCCUUAUCACCCGCUUCUUCUGUGACCUCCCUCCUCUGAUCAAACUCUCUUGCUCAAGCACGUGGGCCCAUGAACUUGCCCUGUUCUUCUCCAGCUUUGUGGUGGCUCUUGCACCCUGUGCCCUGGUUGUGAUCUCUUACAUACACGUCGUGGCUGCUAUUCUCAGGAUUCGCUCCGCUGAGGGCCGAGGAAAAGCCUUCUCCACCUGUGGUGCUCACAUCACUAUGGUGUGCGUUUUCUACAUCACUUCAGUCCUCUGCUACAUCCUCCCCAGCUCGGCAUACUCUGGCUUGUGGGACCGGGUGCUCUCUGUGCUCUACGUGGUCCUCACUCCCAUGCUCAACCCCAUCAUCUACAGCAUGCGAAACAAGGAGGUGAAGAGGGCUUUGUUCCAGGCCCUUGGGAAAGAAAGUGCCUCCUAG